AACUUGAAACCUUCCAUCUCAUCCCAUUUUUGCAGUAAACACAAAUUUCAACACAUUACGACAAGUUUCACAAUGGCAGACUUCAAGCCCGUUUAUACCAAGGAUGCUGCUUUUCCAGCAGGACCUUAUUCUCAAGCCAUCGCCACACCCUCCACAAUCUACUGCUCCGGCCAAAUUCCCUGUGACAGUGCCGGCAAGAUCCUAACACUCGAAUCCUCAAACAUCUCCGCCAUGACCGAGCUCUGCAUCCAGAAUCUGACCGCCGUAUUGAAAGCCGCUGGCUCUGGUAUCGAGAAGGUCGUCAAGGUCAACGUGUUCUUGACUACUAUGGAUAAUUUCGCGGAGAUGAAUGCUACGUAUGAGAAGUUCUUCACCCAUAAGCCGGCCAGGAGCUGUGUUGCUGUUUAUCAGUUGCCGAAGGGAGUGCCGAUUGAGAUUGAGUGCAUUGCUUUGGCAUGAAUCGUCAAUACGCAGGUUUAGCAAGUUGAAGGGGGCUGUGGCCAUUUCAUCGAGGCCUUUGAGGUUGGGUUGAUGGAGAUGAAAAUGUCUGAUGACAAGAGAAAAGCAAAUAGAAUUCUUAAGGACUCUGUUCCUUUACAUCCCUGCC